AUGAAAGCUCGUCGGACGCCUCAAAUCAUUGUGCAGGGCCAGGAUGACGAUGCGGAGAGCGAGGAAGAGGAUGUCGGCGACUCCGGAAAAUAUGCGGCGCAGGGGGAGGAGUACGAAGAGGUGGACGAGGAGAAGGCUGACAGAGACCAGCAGAUUUUGCAGGAGGCAUGCUUGCCGGUCUCUGGCGCCCCUCUUCCACCCAGCGAGGCGCCGCCUAAGGACGCCGAUGAAUACCUGCGGCAAGUCCAGUGGGAACGGCUUCAUUGUCCCCAGGUGAUGGACGUCGAGGUGAAGGAGCGCAAGUCCAGGAAGAAGGUCGGUGGCCCCCUCACCGGCCGCGACGGCCAAGGGGGCCUGCUGGCGCUGUUCCAAGCGCCGGAGGUGCCGGAAAACUUCUACAACGAGGUCUGGGCGCAGGACGCGGCCGCAGCUUUCCGCGUGCUGCGAAGCCAUAGCCACUCCCGGGCCGAUGCAAAGUCCCUGAGCUACGAGGAGUGGCGCCGCCAUGUGUCCAGGGAUAGACCUGACUUUGAGCUGCUAUCUCUGCAAGAUUUUGUGGGGAUCAACCACCUGGUGGUGGCUUGGCCGCUGAUCUCAGCCAUUCAGAAGGUAUCACAUUUUGAGACGGAUCCGUAUGGAUGUGUCUCUUUGUUGAGUUUGCCGGCAUUUUUUCCGCUUUUGGCUCCUUGGCUUUUCGGCUUCUUGUUGGUUUAUGCGGCUUUUGGUGGUGUUUGGGCUUUGGCUUUUCGGCAUCCUUUGCAUUCCCAGUUCCUCUCUGGCAGGUGGCGUCGCUCCCCCCCAACGCCCCCGCUACUUUUUAGAUUUCACAUUGUUUAUUUGUUUUUUCCCGGAGAUGUAAUUGCACCCCUAUUUGAAUCAUCACUUCUUCGGCUGCCGCCUUCCCCUCAACCCCCCGCUACUUUUUAG